UAUAUGUAUUAAAUGUAUACAAAUCUUAGUUUCUUGCAAGGAAUAAGUUUUCUGUUUGCAAUUAAUCUCUUCCUCAUUACAGUGAGAGACGAGUAAUUUGGAUUUUAGCAACUAAUUAGUGUUGUUAAUAAGUAAACUUUAUGUCAAGUUUUUUCAUUAAGAAGUAAAUUAUAAUUAUUAAAUAAACAGUAUUUUAUCAGCAAAAUAACUUUAAAACAUUUUAACGAAUCUGUGUUAAGAAGAAGUUACUUCAUUAUUCUUGUUACAAAAAAUAAACUAAAACUUUUCAAUAAAAAUUAAAUAAGACUGUUUUUGUAUAUACAUAUUUUUUUUCGAGAUUCAAGUGUCGCGAUUGUAUUAUACUGACGAGUUUAAUAAAGAGUGCAAUGAAAUAUAGAUAUAAGAAAAUUUAAUUAUAAAGAUAAAUUGAAUAAUUCGAAAUAGAUAAUUAUUUGGAUAUUGGACUUGCCACACGAUAGAUGGAUUAUAUAUAAACCCAAUUUAUACUAUCGAGAAUAAACGCUUGAACGAGUUAAGAAGUCUUAAGGAUCCGAGCGAUUUGAAUCAGGAACGUAAUUCGGUCGCCAAAGUGAUAAGAUGAAGUGUUAAAUGUAAAUAAAUGGGAUAAAAGCUUACUUAUGGUAUUAUAAAAAAUAUUAUGAUAAAAUGGCCAGUCAUUUCAUCGUGACAAAUUCAUCCAGCAUUACUUCAUUGACAGUAUUAUUCAUUCGUCAGUUUGCGUACGUUCAAGAGGAGAAUGGCUAAACUCGAUAAAUUGGAUAACAUGGAUUGCCCAGAGUGUUCAGGACCACCACCGAUAUUUCGGUUACCUCCACCACCUAGGCCACCUUUCCUCACGGAAGCGGCAUUCUGCUCGGAAGCACCUUUAGCCGAGCUUGAGGACUGUGUUGCUAUUCCGAUGAUCGAUGCGUCUUAUCACGCCAAUCCGUCAUUACAAAACACAGCUUUGAUAAUUGCCUGUACUGUUAUUUUGUUGUUAAUGGCAGCGAUAGUUUCCGUCGUAUUUUGGAAACACAAAAGAAAAGUACAGAAUCUUUUACCCUGUAAAAGUGCAGUAGCAGUAACAGCAACAACAGGACGUACCCGUGUUUUGCCCAAUGGUCAAGCAUUAACGGGCGCCAGCAGUAAUAUGAUGGCUGGCAAUAACACCGCACGUCUCUAUGAGGAUAUGAUGGAGCACGUACCCCAUUCGCAAAUCCACAAUCACUUGCCAGCUCAACUUAGGAUGCAACCAACAAUCGAGGUACGAGGUGUAGAUUCCUCGAGGCAGCAGAUGAUUGAUGUCAAUAAGGAGAAGAAUGGCAACCGAGGAGGUUUUGUGUGUAGCAGCCCUGGACCAGAUCCAUACGGAUCACAAGAUCUUUAUAAUCCAGUUUAUGAGGAACUUUGUAAUGGUGAUAAUCAACCUGAUACAGACGAAGAAGGUGAUAUAAACGGACGAAAUCGUUUACAUCAUCGCGCAUCAGCAAAUUCAAAAUCAGCAAGCGAAGAUGAAUUUGCUGAAGAUGAAUUAUCUGUUGGUGAACCUUCAGAAUCACGCGUGUUAACAUCAGCAUCACCUGGCCCAGUGUCAUGGAGCACAUGUCCUGCUGGAUCAUCACGAACUUCCCGUGAAAGACGAGGCAAAAGCCCCAGAAGUUUAGAUCGACGCAGGAAAAAUAAAGCCCAUGAUGUUGGUGAAUUUCACGAAGGAAUGCUUCUUGAUGCAUUGCUACACUUUUAUCCAAAUGUUCCUGGUAUAGCAGGAACUAAAAAUAAUUCUAGUCAACGAACAAAACCUGCUGUUACGGUAGCACAUAAAUUGCCAUACUAUGUGCCACAAAUGCCUCCUCAAUUUCAUACAGUAAACAAAGAAAUAAAUAACAAAGAAGAAGAAAAUCCUUACGAGAGUGUACCAGUUCUCGGCCCGCUGCACAAUUAUUCAAACCAAAAUAAAACAAAUAGUAAAGACAAAUCAUCAAAUAAAGUACCGACAGUUGAUGAUUAUAAUAAAUAUCCACAAUAUGCUUCUGAAUACUUUGGUUUACAUAAUCAAGUUGUAACGCCAAUUUAUACACAAGUUGGUAAUGAUUAUUCCGAUACAUAUGCUCAGCCAACUGAUAAACUUUACUACAGUGAUGAUAGAUAUGCCCAACCUGUUUACUUUACUUCCCGCGAUCCAGAUAAAACUUCUGCUGGUAAAUUGUAUCAAGGACAACCCGACAGUAGUUUUGGAAGUGAUAGUGGUUACAGUCAUCAUACGUCCGGUGGUACAACGAUUUAUAAUAAUGGUGGUACAAGAAGCAGUAUUACACGGACUAAUCAUCGUAAAGAUAAACAUCGAAAUUCAAAUCAUUCUCAUCAUUCCGUCGAUUUCAUAUUUUCACAAUAAUUACUUACGAUAAAUUAUUUAUUUAUUUUAUCGUAAACGCUA